AUACAAAUUCCCGCAGUCUGCAAAACCCUACCCCGCGUCACGCAACUUCAUAACCAAAAACAACAGUCAAAAUGGGUAUCUUCGAUGAGCUCAACCUUCCCGCUGGCGUCCUCUACGGUGAUGACGUCCUGAAGCUUUUCCAGUACGCUCGCGAGAAGCAGUUUGCUAUCCCUGCCUGCAACGUCACCUCCUCUAGCACUGCCGUCGCUGCCCUCGAGGCUGCUCGCGACCAGAAGGCUCCCAUCAUCCUCCAGACUUCCCAGGGUGGUGCUGCCUUCUUCGCCGGCAAGGGCAUCAAGGACUCUGCUGAGAAGCGCGAGGCUUCCGUCGCCGGUGCCAUUGCCGCCGCUCACUACAUCCGCUCCAUUGCCCCCAUCUACGGCAUUCCCGUUGUCCUCCACACCGACCACUGCGCCAAGAAGCUUCUCCCUUGGCUCGAUGGCAUGCUCGAGGAGGACGAGAAGUUCUUCAAGGCCAACGGCGUGCCCCUCUUCUCUUCUCACAUGAUCGAUCUCUCUGAGGAGAGCGUUGAGGAGAACAUCUCCACCUGCGUCAAGUACCUUAAGCGCAUGGCGCCCAUGAAGCAGUGGCUCGAGAUGGAGAUCGGUAUCACCGGUGGCGAGGAGGACGGUGUUGACAACUCCGAGGUUGACAACGCUUCUCUCUACACUCAGCCCGAGGACAUCUGGCAGAUCGAGGAGGCUUUCCGCCCCAUUUCCCCCUACUUCUCCAUUGCCGCUGGCUUCGGCAACGUUCACGGUGUCUACGCUCCUGGCAACGUCAAGCUCCACCCCGAGCUCCUUGGCAAGCACCAGGCUUACGUCUCCGAGAAGCUCGGUGGCAAGGACAAGAAGCCCGUCUUCUUCGUUUUCCACGGUGGCUCCGGCUCCUCCAAGGAGGAGUACCGUGAGGCCAUCUCGAACGGUGUCGUCAAGGUCAACGUCGACACUGAUCUCCAGUGGAGCUACCUCGUCGGUAUCCGUGACUACAUCCUCAACAACAUCGACUACCUCAGGAGCCAGGUCGGCAACCCUGAGGGCCCCAACAAGCCCAACAAGAAGAAGUACGACCCCCGUGUCUGGAUCCGCGAGGGUGAGAAGACCAUGAAGGCCCGCGUCGAGGAGGCCCUCAAGGACUUCAACGCCGCCGGCACCGUCUAAAUGGGAAUUGAGGAAUAAUGAAAAUGGAAUGAUUUGAUGAGUACACUGCUUGAUUCCGUUCGUGUUUGUGGUGGUUUCCGGCCAUUGAGACUGGUUCCAUGGCGUGUCGGCUUUGCCGAUACUUGGACGUAUACAAGCAGGUUGGUUCACGGUGUUCCGGGGGGGUUCAAGUUACCGGCUAUGAUGAUGUUAUGCUAGCCGGUUGGGUUUGGGGUGAUACCGAAAAGUAGUACAUACCCAAUUGAAAAGUUGCCUUUGA